AAAGAAAACUACAAUGUCGCCCUUAUUUCCCCCAACUACUUUUGAACUACUUGUAUAAAAAAUAAAUAGGGUUUAGGGUUUAAGAGCAUAUCACCAGUCACUCCUGAUACUUGUUCUUCACACAAGUGGAGCUUCAACCAGCUGCACUCCAAUCAAAUGCAUAUCUAAUUUGCAUUUGGGUCCUGCAAUAAGGUCAGGUUUUUACAAAAACAUUAUCAAUAAAAUCCAAUUUAUCUUGAAAUCAGUUUCCUUAGUAGCUCAAAAUUAACUCUAUUAGACUGUUAAAUGCGUUUCUGAAUAUUUUUUCCACGUGGGGUUACUGAAAUGUCUCCAAGAACACACAAUUUUAUUCGAUUGAGGUCGAUUUCCUAAGUAGCUCAGUUAAGCCCAUAUUUAUCGGGUUCAAGUUCUUGUGAACAAAUUGGAAAUACCCACAUUAAAAAUAACGAGUUAAAUCAACAAUACCAUUGUGCAGAGCGGGAGGUUUAGUGCACCAAGGGGACCUUUACUGUUGAGGUAAAUUUGUAUUGGGUUACUGAAAGAUAGAGAAAAAACCAGGUGGAGUUCAAUUAAAUGCGAGUUUGAAUCUUUUUUCCAUGUGGGUUCCAGCAAUAAGGUCAUCUUCUUACCGAAAUGUUUUCAAGAAUAUCCAGUUUAUUCGAUUAAAAUCGAUUUCCUCAGUAGCUCAGUUAAGUCCAUAUUUGUCUGAUUCGAGUUCCGAUGAACAAAUUGCAAAUAACCACAUGAAAAAUAAUGAGUUAAUUAACAAUACUGUUGAGGUGAACUCGUAUUGGGUUACUGAAAUGCUUAACAGUUUGAGGGAAGAACCUAAUGAUGCUUUGUCAUUUUUUCGUCAGUUGAAAGAAAGUGGAUUUAAGCAUGAUAUUCAGACGUAUAUGGGUAUAAUUAGGAUUUUUUGUUAUUGGGGUAUGAAUAUGAAGUUAGAUUCUUUGUUUCUAGAGGUUAUAAAUGCGGGAAAGGAGGGUUUGGGUUUUGAAGUUUCGGACUUGUUUGAGCAGUUGGUGGAGGGGUUGAAUGCGGAAGGCCCCAAUUCGUUGGUUCGGGCUUUGGAUGCAUUGGUUAAGGCUUAUGCUAGUUUAAGGAUGUUUGAUGAAUCCAUUGAUGUUUUGUUCCAGACGAAAAGGUGUAGUUUUGGGUUGAGUGUAUUGUCGUGUAAUUAUCUCAUGAAUCAGCUUGUUGAGUGUGGGAAAGUAGAUAUGGCAGUGGCGGUUUAUAAACAGUUUAAGAUGAUUUCAGUGACUCCGAAUGUGUAUACUUAUGGAAUAGUGAUCAAGGCAUUAUGUAGAAAAGGCGAUCUGGAAGAAGCAGUUGGUGUAUUUGAGGAGAUGGAGAAAGCCGGUGAAACUCCUAAUGAGUUUACUUAUUCUACUUACAUUGAAGGACUUUGCUCGUAUGGUAGAUCGGAUUUGGCUUAUGAUGUUUUGCGGGCGUGGAAAGGGGUAAAUGUACCCCUUGAUGGCUAUGCCUACACUGCUGUAAUUCGUGGGUUUGUUAAUGAGAAGAAGUUGCAAGAGGCAGAAAUAGUGCUGCUUGACAUGGAGGAGCAAGGAAUGGUCCCUGAUGCCUUUUGUUAUGGAGCUGUAGUUAAUGGUUACUGCAACACAAGGAAUAUGUCUAAAGCUCUGGCUUUCCAUGACAAGAUGGAAGCAAAGGGUAUCAAAAGUAAUUGUGUGAUUGUUAGUUCAAUUCUUCAGUGCUUGUGCAAAAAUGGCAAGGCAAGUGAUGCCGUUGAUCAGUUCAGUCGUUUUAAGAAUAAAGGUAUUUUUCUCGAUGAGGUGGUUUAUAAUGGUGUAAUUGAUGCUUUGUGCAAACUCGGUAGGUUUGAAGAGGCUGAGAAGUUGCUUGAUGAGAUGAAGGGUAAGAGGAUGACACCUGACAUCGUGCAUUACACUACUUUAAUAAAUGGGUAUUGCCUCCAUGGAAGAAUUUUAGAUGCGAUGGGUUUAUUUGACGAAAUGAAAGAGAAAGGCUUGAAACCUGACGUUAUUACUUAUAAUGUGCUUGCUGGUGGAUUUUCUAGAAAUGGCCUUUUUAAAGAGACACUCCACCUUUUGGACCAUAUGAAGGGACAAAGUUUGACACCAACGACAGUCACACAUAAUAUGAUUAUUGAGGGCUUAUGCAUUGGAGGAUAUGUGGAGGAGGCUGAAAUAUUUAUCAAUAGUUUGGAGAAUAAAUCCGCAGAAAAUUAUUCUGCCCUGGUGAAUGGGUAUUGUGAGUUAGGCAACACCAAGGGUGCCUUUGGGUUUUUUGUUAGACUGUCAAAACAAGGUGUUUUAAUUAAAAGGAAAUCUCGUUUGAAGCUUCUAAGUAACCUAUGUCUCGAAGGAGAAUAUGAAAAAGCGUUGAAGUUGUUCGAGAUAGUGUUGGCUUUAGGUGACGACACUUGUAAAAUAAUGUACAGCAAACUAAUAGCUUCCUUAUGUAGUGCUGGAGAUAUGAAAAGCGCCAGGUGGGUGUUCGAUAAUAUGAUUUGGAGAGGAUUAGCACCUGACGUGGUCAUCUAUACUGUGAUGUUAAAUGGUUAUUGCAGGUCGAAUAGCUUGCAGGAAGCCCUUAAUCUUUUUGAUGAUAUGAAGAAACGGGGCAUUUCUCCUGAUGUUAUCACUUAUACAGUUAUGCUUGAUGGCCAUUCGAAGAAUAUAAAGAGAGAUCGAUUGUCAUCAGGUACAAGGAGGAAUGUCGGAGAAAGAAAGGAUACAGGGUUGAGUAUUGGGGAAAAGAUGGCUCCUUCAGUAUUUUUGAGUGAAAUGAAUGAGGCAGAAUUGACAGCUGAUGUCAUUUGCUACACUGUUUUGAUUGACAGUCGAUGUAAAUCAGAUAACAUUGAUGAUGCUAUUCGCCUUUUCACUGAAAUGAUUGAUAAAGGCUUAGAACCUGAUAGUGUUACAUACACAGCUCUGAUAUGUGGCUAUUGUAAGCAAGGACAUGUUGAGAAGGCUAAAGACCUUGUGAAUAAGAUGUGGAGAAAGGGAAUACAACCAGAUAGCCACACCAUCUCAGCAUUACAUCAUGGAAUCAUAAAGGCCAAAAAGUUGCACCUUAGGCAUCACAAUAAUUCUGCCAAAAAUCAGAGGAGAUGGUAAAUAUUCAAUUUAAUGUGAAGAACCACAUACCUAGGUAAUACUGGAAGGAAAGAGUCGGUGUUCCUGACGUAACUAAGCAAGCAGUGCUGUCAUCACGAGACCUAAAGACUAGAUAUUUGACCAACACCUUAUUUCUUCCGGUAGUAAAUGGACCUACAGAGGGUCUAAUGUUGACGUAUCUCAGGAUUUCCUGACAGCGCUAGUGGGUGCUGAGUGGCGGGCUGAAUAGUGUGGAAUUCCAUAGCACUUGUGAGUUGGUUUCUUUCUGAACGAUGCUGAAGACUUCGAUCAUCAAGAUUUCAUGUGAGAAUCUCUAGAUCUAGUGCUUUCCAAUUUGCAGUUUACUGUAACACGUGGUUUCCUAGACUGAAAAUUUUAGGUGAAAGCAGCAAUAUUCAGAGCAGCAAUUUGGAGGAAGGGCUAACACCUUUUUCUCUUCACCAACGAGACAAUGGAACAGAUAUUCCAGGAAUCCUCGAAAGCAGAAACGGAAUUUGUUUUAUCAAAUGCAGAGUUCAGAGAAGUCUUUGCUUUAAACUCACAUCGGGAGACAAGGUUGGGCGUUGGGUAGUGCACUUUGUUGCUCGGACAUUUAAAAAAUGUCAAGGGGUGCUUGUCGGAUUUUCCAAAAAUAGUGUAUUUUUGGAGAAUCCAACACGGGUGCGGCAUUAAAAGUGAAGAGAUCCGUAACACAUCUUUCCCCAGUACGGAGUCGACAAGGGGUGCAAACCGGCCACCCAAUCCAGUAUGCCCAAGUGUUGGAGUUCCAUAUCACGAGGGGAUGAACUCUCAUUUCCCAGACACCUUGCCUAUGUAUUCGGUGCCUACCUUGAUUGCUUGAAGAGUGGUGCGCGGUAGAUAAAGACCCUUCGUGGAAACCAAUGAGAAGCCUCAGGACCCAACAGUCUCUGCUUAAAACUAACACCAAAAGUCUCCUGUUGUCAAUUAUGUGUGUUUUCUAUGAAUUUCAUAGCAAGGUACUUGUAUUUUUUUUUUUUUUUUUGGUAAUAAAAAAAAAAAAAAAAAGUGUGCCAACAAAAUUAUAACAGCAUUGUGUUUAAAAAGUUAGUACUAUAAUACUUAUAACAUUUGUGUGCCAACAAAUUCAUAACAGUAUUUUGAUUAAAAAGAAUAUUUCAAGCUUAA